GCUUACCUUUACAACGAAGGAAUUCGAGAGGCCGUUCCUAUAACCUUCACGUUUACUGAGAACCGCCUUUGUACCAUUAAGCAAGACCUCCCUCGUAAUCUUGAGGUUUGAUAUAACCAUAUAGUCCAUAGACUUGCACGUGUCAUCUUGCACUUGUGAAAAUAAAGAAAUCUCAACCAUGGAUAAAAAUCUGUUACGAUCCGUGGAUUUGUUAAAAGAGAACGAAGAAGAAAUACGAAAUGACGCUGAAAAUGCAUUGUUAACUGUUUGUCAAAACAUUCUAUCCCAUCCAAAUGACAAAAAAUAUCGGGAAGUACGACUUGAUCAUCCUCUAGUUACUACAAAAUUGCUACCUGCUCUUGGUGGCAUCGAAUGUUUAUUUGAUAUUGGCUUCGUCGAGACCACUGACUGCCUUUCAUUGCCACAAGAAGCACCACUUUCAAAAUUGCAAUCCCUACAAAAAUUGCUUAGUAAAAGCUCAUUUAACAAAACAUCUGUUACUAAAGACCCAACACUGUAUAGUUUAAUACCGUCAACAAUCACAGUGGAAGAGAACAGAUUUUACAAAUCUAUUAUAGACAACUUUCAAAAUGUUCUGCAAUAUGAAGAUGCAAGCUUGCAAGAGAAAGCUAAGAAAGUAAUACCCCUUGUAGACCUUGAAAUAGCUACUAUGACUAGACUCAGACAACUGCACAAGCAUGUGAAACUAAAUCAGACUGCUCCAGAGAAAAGUGUUAAAAAACAAUACAGUGAGGAUGAUAUUGACGAUGUUAAAGAUAUAUUUCUCAUGGAAUUGUUACAUUGGUUUAAAUAUAAAUUCUUCACAUGGGUCGAUAGUCCAAAGUGUACUGCUUGUUUUUCAGAUUGUAAACAUCAGAACACAGUACCUCCAGAUGAUCCUAGAUGUUCACAAAUAGAGAUACAUAAAUGUACUAAAUGUGGAACACGGGUGAAAUUUCCUCGCUAUAUCGAUCCGGAACCAUUGUUAACAUUAAGACGCGGACGGUGCGGAGAAUGGGUGAACGUGUUCAUGCUUUUGUGUCGAACACUAGGAUACGAUGCAAGAUGUGUACACGAUGAAACAGAUCACGUUUGGACAGAGGUAUGGUCUAUACACGAAAAAAGAUGGAUUCAUCUAGAUCCAUGCGAAGAUGUCAUGGACAGGCCAUUGAUGUACGAAAAGGGCUGGAAAAAGAAACUAACUUAUAUAAUAGCUUAUUCAAAAGACGAGGUGCAAGAUGUUACUUGGAGAUAUACUUGUGAUAUACUAGGAGUGCUGAAAAGAAGAGAUAUCUCCUGUGAAAGUAAACUGAUACGAUUCAUGGAAUCAUUGAACAAAUAUCGUCAAUCUUCCCCAAACUAUAGUGUCACUCGCCAACAAUAUGUGAUAAAACGAAGAGUUUUAGAACUUGUAGAAUUGAUUCAUGUGCCCAAUAAACAAAAUUCUGAUGACAAUGAGAAUUAUGGAGGACGAUCCACUGGUUCUUAUGAAUGGAGAUUAGCGCGAGGAGAAAUUUCUGAGUCGAAACCAAAAGUAAAUUAUUCUUGGGACAUUUCAAAUUACGGAGAGGCAUUUCAUUUGCAGUAUUCUAUCGUUAACGAUGUAUAUAUGAUAACAGAUAAUAGUGGUAAGGCAUUGAUGGAUAUACCUGGUUGGCAAAAUGGAACGAACGAGAUCGAAGGUGGAAUGUUUCGUAAAGAGGAGCACGAUUGGAAUGUUACCUAUUUAUCUCGUUCUCCGGGAGCUACUUCUGGCAAGGUAAAAUGGUGCUUUGUAGUCACGAAACCAAACCUGUACGUAAGGACGUUCCAUUUACAAGCUACCAUCAAAAUAUUUCAUAAAGCUAAUGUAUCGUGGGUGGUAAAAGCGAUUUUUGACAAUGCAAAUCAAAAUAAGUCUGUAAUUUUACCUAUUAGCGAUGUUUCUGAUUAUCAUACGGACGAAUUGAAAGGGGCAGUGAAAUUAAUUCUCACGGUAACUGUUUCCGGUGGUCAAGGCAAUUGCGCGUGGCAACACGCACAAAUUUUUCGACAAAGUCUAGAAAGCAAAGACGAUAAAUCCUUAGUAAUCAAUAUCAAACUAGAAAAUCGGUAAUUCUAGAAUUUAUUUGUAUAAUUUAAUCGAAAAACCUCAUAGUUUGUAUAAACGCUUUUACUGAAGUUGUGCGGAUUCUUUUAAUAAUGCUACAUAAAUGACAUAUUAAAUCUUAAUGAAUAUUAUCUUUACGGAAAGAAUAUAUCAAGACCAAUAAAUUUAGUUUUGAAAUAAGUAAAAACAUUCCAUAUCUAAAAUUUCUUCUUUUUUUUUAAAUAUAUAUAUGCGUUUAAAUUAUAUUGUAUAAUUAGACGAUAAGAAAAAUUUCGACACUUGCGUAAUGCAGUUGAUAAUGUUUAUCCAAUAAAAUGAUGGAAUUAAAUUGUUAACUUAUGCUGCAAAUAAAAAUGAGCUCUUGUGAAUUCAUAA